AUGGAUUCUCAGGUUGCCUAUUAUGACCUUGGUGGUUUUCACCGUACAGUGACAACAAGCAGCGAUGAUGCACAAAUCUGGUUUGACCGCGGACUGGUCUGGACAUAUGCGUUCAACCACGAAGAGGCGAGUAAAUGCUUCAAACACGCCAUUACCCUGGACCCCACCUGUCCGAUGGCAUACUGGGGAUUAGCAUAUUCGCUCGGUCCAAAUUAUAACAAACCAUGGAGCGUAUUUGAUGAUGCUGAACGUGAGAAAACAAUCAAGAGCACACACGAGGCCGCGGUGGCAGCCCAAGAGCAUGCUCAGCAUGCCUCCCCAGCUGAGCAAUUGCUUAUCAGAGCGGUUCAGUUCCGUUAUCAGAAAGACUCAAAGGAGCGCGAUCUAUCAAUUUGGAACAAACAGUACGCUGACGCGAUGAAGAUGGCUUAUACUCGCUUUCCGGAUGACCUUGAUAUCGCAGCUCUGUACGCGGAUGCGUUGAUGAAUCUGACCCCUUGGGCGCUGUGGGAUAUUCGAACCGGACAGCCAGCUGAAGGGGCCAGCACCAUGGAAGUCAAAAAGGUACUCGAGCAUGCAUUAUCACUGGAAGACGGCUUGAAGCACCCGGGGAUACUGCAUUUAUAUAUACACCUCAUGGAGAUGUCUGGGACACCAGAAAAAGCACUUCCCGCUGCCGAUCAUCUACGUCUGUUGGUUCCGGAUGCUGGUCAUUUAAACCACAUGCCUUCGCAUAUUGAUGUUCUCUGCGGCCACUAUGAGCAGGCUAUAGUCUCGAAUACGGAUGCUAUCCGUGCGGAUAGAACAUUUGUUUCUCGAGAAGGCGCCAUCAACUUCUAUACGCUUUAUCGGGCGCAUAAUUAUCAUUUCCGUUUAUAUGCGGCAAUGUUCGCAGGGAAAUUUCAAGUCGCGUGGGACACGAUCAUCCAGCUGGAGGCGUCAAUACCGGAGGAUCUACUCCGUGUGGAAUUACCGCCCAUGGCAGAUUGGCUCGAGGGCUUUCUUGCCAUGCGUGUGCAUGGUCUCGUCCGCUUUGGGCGUUGGCAAGAGAUAUUAGAUCUCGAUCUGCCGGAAGAUCAGAAAUUGUACUGUGCAACAACAGCGAUGCUUCACUAUGGAAAGGGCGUGGCAUAUGCUGUGAUUGGGGAUAUUGAAAAUGCAGAUAAGGAGCAGGUCCUGUUUUCACGCGCCGUGGAAAUUGUCCCUCAUUCACGUGUAGUUUUCAACAAUACGUGCCGUGAUGUUCUUCAGAUAGCCGAAGCAAUGCUUGCCGGGGAACUGGAGUAUCGAAAAGGCAACUUUGAUAUCGCCUUCGACCAUCUACGCACAGCUAUUUCUCGCUCUGAUUCCCUGCCAUAUGAUGAGCCAUGGGGCUGGAUGCAACCACCUCGUCAUGCGUAUGGGGCACUUCUGCUGGAGCAAGAUCGAGUAGAAGAGGCAGCAGCUAUAUAUGCGGCUGAUCUUGGGUUAGACGGUACCUUGCCCCGCGCGCUGCAGCAUCCCAAUAAUCGCCAAACGGUGUGCACUCCUCGGGCGGCCAACCUUAGCGCGAACUUCGAUAUUGAAUCUGAAAUUGUCACACCCAUCUCCCACGACGCCCAGCGAGCGAGACCUAACAAGACCGACAAGAUGGCCCUCGCAAAGAAGCACGUCCCGAUCGUGAAGAAGCGCACGAAGCGCUUCUUCCGCCACCAGAGCGACCGCUUCGCGCGUGUGGACCCCUCAUGGCGCAAGCCCAAGGGUAUCGACAACUGCGUCCGCAGACGCUUCAAGGGCACCAUUCCCAUGCCUUCCAUUGGUUAUGGUAGCAACAAGAAGACCCGCCACAUGAUGCCCUCCGGCCACAAGGCUUUCCUCGUCCACAACCCCAAGGACGUUGAGCUGCUCCUGAUGCACAACCGCACCUACGCUGCUGAGAUCGCUUCCGCUGUCUCUUCCCGCAAGCGUGUCGACAUCAUCGCCAAGGCCAAGGCUCUCGGCGUCAAGGUCACCAACGCCAAGGGCCGUGUCCAGACUGAGGCUUAAACGGGUCGUCGUUUGUGUAUUUGUGGUCAUAAUGAAAGUCGGGAUUGCGGGUACUCCUUGCCCUUCGCUCAUCAUAUCAAAUGAGAGUAGAAAGGGGAUUAUUAACACAAAAAUGCUGGUUCUUUAGUGUAGUUGCGAGGAGAAUCCUGGGAAAUUCACUGCACGGGUUCGGAAACCAUUCCAGCGCACAGGAAAUCAGUCAAUUCAAGAAUUAUGAAAACGAUUCUAUUUUCCCUCAAAAGAAGAAAAGUUCCUAUCAUCUGUUUUGGAGUUGUCUCCCGUUCAGGAUCUUGCAGAUGGCCAUUAAUGACAACCUUUUCACGAUCUUAAACUUGUUACGUCUUCUGUAGCUCUAUUUUCACUGCAGUAAACUUCCAAGGUCCAAUCCCAGAACUCGACAACGAAGUUGUAUACUUGCCGAUGUAGUAGCUUGAUUCCAUGCAGGGGGCCUGUCG